AUGGACCCAAAUUCACACUCCAUCUUUUCCGGUAACACCUCCUCCUCUGCCAUAGACCCAAUGUUCUCCACCUUCACCCUCCAAUCUCUUCUCAAUUUCAACCCUUCCUUCUUCACCGACAACUUCCACGCCAUAACCGACCACCCUCAUCAACUCCCCAGCCUCCCCCGAUCCCUCACUGAUCAAACUCCAUACCUUAACGACAACAAAAACGCUCUCAUAGUCCCCAAAACCGAACAUCCUCUUAAUCUUCCUCCAUUACAACAUUAUCUCCCACUUCAACAACAACCCUUCAACUUCUUCCCCCAAUACUAUCCACCCUUUGAAACUUUCCACCAUCUCCCUCAACUCCAUUCCCCUGAACAUUCCAACACAAAACGCCUCCGCCACCCGGAAACAACUCCACCACAACAGAAACAACCUCACUUUGUCCGUGGAAAAUCUCCUUCUUUGAUUCCUCAGAGCAAGUUAGCAAGACAGAGAAGACAAACUCUAAGCGAGAAAACACGCUGUUUGCAGAAACUAAUGCCAUGGGAUAAGAAAAUGGACCAAGCUACCCUUUUCGAAGAAGCUUACAAAUAUGUUCAGUUUUUGCAGGCACAGAUCUCUGCUCUUCAAUCAAUGCCUUCUCAUUCAACCACCACCACCACCUACAGAGGCGGCGGAAAUGGUGUUUUUGGUGAGCUGAAGAAGCUGAACAGAAAGCAGGCUUUGCAGGUUCUGGUAAACUCACCGGUUGCACAAACAAAGCUUUGUUCACAGGGUUACUGUGUUUACUCCAUGGAACAAAUCUCUGUGCUCAGAAAAUCUUCAGAGAGAAGACAAGAAGAACAACAGCAGCAGAAUAUGUCUGAUAAUGCUUCUUCUUCCAACACUUUCUUCCACUAA